CGGGGUAAGCACACGCAUAUUUUGUAUGCAUGUAUAACAUUGGAAUAAAAGGAUAUAAAUGUUCGCCAUAACUUAGGUAUUUAAUGAAAUUUGUGACUUUUUGAUAUACAUAAACUAUUCUGCACUGGAACUUUCUAGCUAUCGAUCGAUCAAUCCACAGAGAUCUAAUAACUUGUACAGACAGUAGUUCUGAAACAAGACGCGUUCGUCCCUGUCAAAGGAACCACGGACUAGUAAUUUUUUUCCUAACAGGCAUGAAGAUGUUUAAUCACAGUUGAUGUAAUUGAGCACUCAUAUUGAAGUAUUCACACUUGAGACGUGUCGUUCUCUGGUAAUAUGAAAUUGAAUGCAUAUAGAAUUGCAUGCGUAUAAAAUAUGCAUGAUAUGCAGUUUAUCACCGGAGUCACACGGAUAGAACAUGCUUUUCCUUAUUUGUUAAUGCUCAUAAAAACGUCGUUAAAAAGGGAAAAUGCACGUUCUCACAAGUAUAUCGAAACGUUGAAUUUGAAACAAACGAAAUAAUUUAAUCUAUUAUUCUGCUUACAUUCAAAUGCCAAUUAGUAUAUUUUAACUACUUGUUCAGUAAUACGAGGACUCCUUAAGACGGAAACAUUCUUCAUACAACAAUACAAAUAAGGCAUGCAGAAUAUUUAAUCAAAUAUGCUAUAGAAUGACAUAGUGUAAUGUUAUCCUAACUCCAUUAAAUUAUGGGUCUUUCCGUUCAAAAUUGAAAGCAAUUAGCUAAAUUUUACUACGUAUAUACCACGACGAAAAAGAAAACCAAAAAUGAAAUAUUAUAUUUCGUACCUGAAAGUACUGCUCGGAGUACUAUUUCAUAGUUAAGUAAGGGCUAUAACAAGAAAUACUACCCUUAAGAAGUUUUACCUUUCAUAUCUUAAUAGUUUGUAUAGGGAUAUAUACUGUGACACCACUCUGAUUGGAUUACAGCUCGGCAUUUAACAGAGGAAUGCACCUCUGGUAUAAAAUUCGGGUAGGAAUUUUAGAAAUUUAUCGAUUAUGCGAAAUGUAAAUAUUAUAUGACACAAGAAUAUGCACUUUGAAGUAAUAAAUUUAUAAACAAUAUCAUGCAAGAGUUUUUAAAUAUUUUGCCACAAUACAAUCUAGUAGAGUAUGACUUAGCUUGAACGUAAUACGUUGUCCAAUUGCAUUGAUUAAUUAAGAUCAAGAUUAGAUUAUCUUGUAACGCAGACGGGAAAAAACUUUACAGUUAAAUCGUUUUAAUUGAAAAAGUCGACGAUUACGUAGAGAACUGGUUUAUGUGCAUUAAAAUAGCAAAUAUGAUUUGAUUAUAGCAUACUGUAUGCUUGAUCUUCAUAAACUUACAUUAAAUGUAUUUGAAUCUUGAAAAAAUAUUAAAAAAUGAAAUAAGAAUAAUUAGCCGGAAGGGGAAUGUACAGUAUUGUCCGUUAUUUAAAAUAAGCGUUUCUAUCAGGUUUGUAUAACAACAACAAAAAAACAAAUAAACAAAUAAAUUUGACAAUUGAUAUUUCAAGAAACAAAAAUCCAAAUCAAUAUUUGAUGAUACUUAAUAAGAUUAAAUAAAUAAAUUUAUGUUGGUUGAUGCUUGCGCUCUAUAUUUAAAAUCAUAUACUUUUAGUUAAAGGGACAAUAAGCCUAUAUUGUUUAUACUUUGUUUAAGCAUUAUAUUUUUUCUGUAUAUUUCCAUUUAUCAGUUGUAUCACGUGGCAGUAUGUCUUAACACGCUUGCGCGCUUACAAGUAUGGUGAUGCUUGUUUCAUCUCUUGCAAUACAAAGAGUUUUAAUGACAAGGACCGAUUAUUAAUUUAUUUUCAAAAAUGUGUUCAAUAAUGGAAUUUAUCAAAAUUUCAAAGGCAGAUAGCGCUGGAUGAAAUUCUCAAAUGAUCAGCAAUGUGAAGGACAAGAUGCACGAAGCAUUGCUUCAUUGAAGGUUCACAAUGAUACGAGAUUUUAAUUGUAAAAAGUACAUAAUAAUCGUUGUGAAACUUGUCAUUUUAAUUGGUAUGUCAGAUCGAAUUGCUGCACGAAAACUCCCUUCAAAACAAGCACAGACCGGCCACGAUUACUACACCGAUGUAAACACCGAUGAUUUCACCUAUGACACCAACAAAGUACUUCCGGAAGGAUCGGAGGUAAAAGCCUAUCUUCUAGUCAACGAAACGACCAAGGUACUAUUUCUGAUCGAAGAGGACGAUCCAGUGUCUUUGAAAAUCACUCCGUGUGCAUCUGCUGUCGAAUCAAGUGUUCUAUAUAAAAGUAUAUCUGAUAGUAAAGACUAUGAAGAUGAUCCAUUGUUUGAAGAGCAAAUAAAACCAACAAAUCCAGCAGGGAUACAGUUGGAUUCGUAUGUGGGUUCAGAGGCUCAUACAUUUCAAAGAAGUGUUAAUUCAACUGGAAUUUAUACAGUGUUCUUAAGGCCGACUGAAAGUGACACUUAUGUUAAAUUCUUCCUUCGAUUAAAAAAGUUUGCAAGGGAUAGCACAUUUUAUCCAUCUUUACCUAGAAAUUCCGCAGUUCGUGCAGAUAGCAUACGGCGAAAAAGUUUCACAGUUUCUUGGAACCGUAGUCAGGACGAGACCCCUUAUGGGAAUAUUAUAACGUAUUGUGUAUCUGUGAGUGCUAAAAGGAGUUCCGAUACCUAUUGCUCACUCAUGUCUUAUAUGUUCGGAGAUAAAUUGCCGGUAGUAUCCAAGAGUAGAGGAUUCUUCUUUGCGUGGGAGGACGAAGUGCUAAAAAUAUUCCAGAGUAAAGCAAGGCCAGUGAAAAAGGUGAAACCAAGAGAAAUUCACUAUACCUGUGUAGGUACAAAUACAAAAUAUAUUUACACCCAGGCUAGACCUGGGAAAACUUAUUACAUAAAUGUGUAUGCGAUUAAUAAACGGACUAAUAUGAGUAGUGCAUAUAAAAAAUUAGAAGUAAAGACAAAAAAGCGGAAGAAACGGGACAGAAUUCGAAAAUUGCGAGAUGGAAAACUUCAAGAGUUAGAGUUUAAAAAAUCAAAAUUAAGAUUUGAUUUUAAAUAUGACCUUAAAAAUACCAGUGAUCUAUUUCUUGCCGUCCAUUCUUGUACUGGUAAAGUGACGUUAAAAGUAACACGUGGUUCAUUACGUGGUGAGUCAGUUUUAGUGAAAAAAGUGAAACGUUCUUCCAUGUUUACACUUAAAGAUUUGAAGGCGGAUACUUAUUUCAUUGAUAUAGUUAGCCGACAAAGAGAUGUUCCAAAGACAGCACGAUUAGUGGUAUCUAAAAAACAGUCAAAACUAAGGUACCCUAUCUUGCCACGGAAAUCUGAAGUAUUUCUGGUGGACAAUAGUACUACAAGUAAUUCAUUAACUAUAGGUUGGCGGGUAACCAAAUCAAGACGGAAAUUUUGUAUAUAUCAAAAGGAAAUUUUAGCCCGACGGAAACGGCGGCGGAAUUAUAAUCAGUGUAGUAAUAAGAGUCAAUCUCCUGUUGUAGAUAGUAAAAAAGUGAAAUGUAUGAUAGUUAGACAUCAAAAACCUAACAUGGUGCUAAACCAUCAAAUCAGAAACUUAAAAAGUAACACUCUCUACCAAUUCGAUGUUGUUAUACAACUCGGUAAAGGAUAUUCAUUACUGUAUAACAGUUUACAAACAGCAACAAAACAACAUUUAUGAAAUAAUUGUACAUAGGUAAUAUCCGGUUCUCCGGAGGAAAAGUUUCCUGGGAGCUUCUCUAAGUUCUAAAACUCGCACCUGAUGAAGAUUAGUCCAGAUGCACAUGUCGUCUGCACCCAAUCGGUAUCAAACGUGCGUUUAUUAGCCUAUGGAGGUAUUUGUGCCAUCCCAAGUGUCAAUCCAUUUUUUAAAGGAGGAUGCCUUUCAAUGAGACAUUUGAACGUGUAACAUAGUAAAGCAUAUUUUUAAAAGACACCGUUAGUAAGAAGUAGUAAGAAGUAGAUUACAACUUUCAUUUAGCUGGAUAUAAUAAUAGUUCGACACAAUUCAAAGUUUGUCGUUUUCUAAGGGUGGAACGAUGUAUACACGUUUGAAACAUGUUUUAUUGUCAUAAAAUGGGUGGUAAAAGGGCUAAAUUCGACGAAAACUCAUAACCCUCCAUUUUCAUAGGUUGUCAUAAGCAAUGGUCCUUUUACGUAAAGUUUUCUCCUCAAUUUUAGUAUUAUAAAUUGUUGAGCUUGUUCGCUUCCUAGAUGUUAAGCUAACCACAGACAUGUAUUGAUAUUAUACGAAACAACUUCCUGUUCACCUCUACCACUUAAUGAUACAACCUGUACAGCUGUAAUGCCUGAUUUUUAUUCAAAUGACAUUUCUUGUAUUUUUUUUAAGUUAAGUUUGUAAUAGCCGAUCGUUUGCGUUAGGUUUUUUUCAAUACGGUACAUUUUAUAUGUUAUUGAUAAAACAGCUCCAAACCGCAUCCUCGAUUGACACUUGGGACUAUAGACUAUUGUUUAAGUACAAGAACGAGAACUCGAAAUGUUUGUCUGUGAUUUCUGGGGCGUCUUUUGUGAUAGCCCGGACUGCCUUUGUUGAACACUUCAAAUGUCAUUCCGAAUAUGUGUGAUUAGUCAAAAAAAUAAUUUGCAAUUAUAUGUCUUGUUUUGUAUUGUAUGCAAAUGUCUAAUUCAAAAAUGUUGGUGCAGAAAAUUUGUUUUGUUUUAAUGAGUUACACUCUUUGCACCCAAUUUUACCUUAAAUCCUGUUCCAAUGAAAAUAUAUCUGCUAUAUCAUUCGGUCUAAGACAUGUAAUAUGAUAUCAGUCAAUCAACCGAAUAUCAAUCAACCGAAUAUCAAUCAACAAAUAUUAUUUGAAGCAGAGCGUUAUUUUCACUGUCGCUCUCGGUAAAGGGCUGUCUAUGUUUAAGAAAGUAUAGACAUUUUGUAUAUUUUAAGAACAGAAUCCUCGCUUUUAACUUUUGCAAUAAUUAAGAAAGAAAAAAUAGUGAAAGCGAAGCUGAUAAUUUCAGAGAAAACUGUUGAAACGUAAAUACUAAGAACGUUAUAUAAACCUCAAACGAAGGGAAAAAAAAAACGAAUUUUCUGCACCAGUGUUUUCUAUGUAUAUGUCUUUCAUGUUUUGUUGUCUAUCAAAGUUGAAUGUUAAUGUUCAUAUUAAAGUGUUUGUGUUCAAAAAAGUUUAUUCAAGAUUUUAAGUCUUUCAUGCAUUUUCAUUCAUGAUUUAUUCAUAUUGAUAUAGUAAGUGUACAUUUUUAAUGAAAAUGUAAAAAGCACAUGAUUUUUGGAUUGAUGUCUGCGUCAUUUUCAAACUAGUUAUUUAUUUGAAUAGCACUCACACUGAUGAAACUUAUGUCAAAAAUGUUCAUCGGCUGUGCGUGGUCAUAGUUUUCAAGCUACAAAAUGACGAUUGUGAACUGCCAUUCAUUAAAGAAAAAAGAUUUCAUAUGCGUCAUUUUAUAUCAUUAAAUUCAAAGGGUCCAGUGUAAAUAAAUGAUUUUAUUGUUGAAUUAAAUAUCAGAUUGUGCAAUUUAUUUCGUAAUUUAUUUUCCACCCUGUUUCUUCAAUCAGGGGCAAAAAUCCUUUUUAUUGGCCCAAUUACUUUAUUUUCAUUAUAUUUAACUAAGCGAAACUAACAUUUUUUUCUUGUACAUGCCUUAAAAAAUUUCGUUAUCAAUUACAAUGCAAGAUUUCCUUAUAGAUGAAACAAUGGUUCCGCCUUAAGGUCGACUUUAAAAAUUCCUUUUAUACCAAUCCCCUCCUUUCCUUUUGCGACAGAUUCGAAUGUCCUCAUCAGUUUUUUAUAGCUUUCGGAAAGUUAUUUUUCGUUAUUGGAAAAAUGUAGGCGGCUGUAUAUUUAUAACACCAUGAGCCCUUCCUGUAUUGCGAUGCAACAGUUUGGUGAUGUAAUGAGCAUUUAAAGCAUUAGGAAGACUUACUUCGAACCCACUAUAUUCGAUAUAAAUAAUACAAGGUGUUGCAACAAAACCUUGGAACUUCCAAUCCCGUGGUAUUAUUAUGACGAAAACUAAUGGACAUGUCUCAUUUCCGAUCUUUAUCUUGUAGUAAUGUAAGUGUUAUUUAUAUGAAAGACUCCAAUUUAGUCUUCCUUGCAUCGAUUAUUCAUAAAUGUCUGUAAGCCGUCUAAUGAAUUACUAUGUCCACUAAAGAGUAAUGGUCAAUAUGUAUGAGUCAUUCAUAACAAGACUAUUUAUUAGCCCCAAUAAUAUAUUCAUCUUUUAUAUAAGAUGAAAAUUGGUCAUGAUUAAUUUUGAUGAUUCUUACAGUUACGAUUUCCGAUAGGUAUAGUUUCUUUUCUUGAAUUAAUCAUGUGAAAAGACAGCUAAUAACUUACGGUGGUCGACCUUCAGCGAACUUUUGCAAAACAGACUCGUAAAUUUAUGUAAUAAUUAGUCGGGGAAGCUAUUAUUGAUAUUUACUUGUUAGGGCAUAUUUUGUUUGAAAUUUGUAACGGUGUCUUCUUCCCGCUGGUAGCAAACUUAAAUUGAAAUAUAGUUUACGACCAUAAUAUACUUGUGUUCAAUUUCAGUUAUAAUUUAAAAUUUCCAUUUUACUAAAAGUUAUUUGAUGUAUACAUUUAUUAAAUUCCUCACUUUUACUACUACAACACAACUUAACCCGGUCAGGAUACUAUUUUAACACAAUUUCUUGCUUACUCAUUUGCCCGUUGCAUGACUGCAUCUUUUGUUAGCGAAUUAUUAUUAAUUUUUUUUCGAACAAAUCAAGUUUACCUAUUUUAAAGUCCAUGGUCAAGUGAGCUGAACAUUUUAAUAAUAACUAUCUACAGUCACGUGAGAAUGCCUCCGUGCCUAGUACUAUAGAAUGAUGGAAUGCUUUGUUCUCUUGUCGAUGCUUUUUGAAAAAUUUUAAAUUAUUUGUUAAAUUAUUAUUAUAAAUCUUAUAUUGCAAGUCACUGACAGUAUCGCAUAAUCUAAAUGCAUUUUUUAAAUUUUAAAAUGCAUUUUGAAAUGUUUCUUAUUUCAAUAUUGUUCAGUGACCAUAUAUUUCAUACAACUCCUUUAAAGUUAAUUUUUACUUACUUUAUAUCUUUGUAGGGGGUCAUCAAGGAUGAUAAUGUAACUUUGAUCUAAACUUGAAUUCCCUCAGUAGCUUUGAUUAUCGGAUAAGAUAUGGUUUCAUCUUUACUAUCUUCUUAUGUAACUUCGACAUUUUGAAAGUCUAAAUCUAUGAUUUAAGACAAAAAUAACUUUUUUCACGCCAUUGAUGUCUGUCAAUAAAUAAGCUGCUAUAUUCUUUUGAUGAUUUGCAGAUAAUUUUCAAACAAGUGUGUGUUCUUUUUCUUUCAUCUUCCAAAAACUAUUUUGUAAACAGGAAUAUAUGAAUGAUUAUAUGGAUUUUGAUUUAUAGAUUUAGUCAAGUCAUUUUCGCAAACGGCUCUCAACCUUCUCAAUGAUUAGAAAGGACAGUAUUAUCAUUUUCUGUAUUUCGAACAGUUAUUAGUUAUCAAAAAGUAUUCCGAGGCACAUGUGUUAGAAGGUUGACAUUGUAUUAAUCGGGAAAAUAUUCUGUAAAAGCUUACUGUAAAAUCGGUUGAUAGUAAAUGAUGAUGAGAAGAGUAAUGUUUUUGUUUUUUUUUUGUCUGAGACGAAAUAAUAUAAUUCUAAUUUUAUGUAAUAGAUCACUCUACUAAAAUGGUUUACUUUAAGCUUGUUCUAAUUUCUUCCAAUUUGUUUUUUCCCCCACAUGAACUGCAAAGUAUCUGAAUCUACCUUCAAAUGCAAUGACAUUGAGAUAGGUUGCUUCUUAUAUUCCUGAAAAAAGUUUUAAAAUUAUAGCAUUUAUAAUUACUAGUCAGUUUGAGAUAACGCACUUAGAAAAAACGAAGACGUUAUUAGAUACAUUGUAUUUGCUUUGUUUGUAUAAGCUAUUAUGAAAUACCAUGACAAACCAAUUAUUGUUUUAUUGUUUUCAUCUGAUCAUAUAUAUCAUUGACUCUCUGUCAAAACUUACUAUGUUAAGAUUAUGCCAAUGGCAUAGAUUUAACAAAAAACAAAGCAAUGAACAGAAUUUGGUCUUGUUGAAUCAUGGCAUUAUGUAAAUGUUUCAGCAUUGUUUUCAUUAUCUUAUCCAAAGAUGUAUUUAUUAUUAAAUGUUGAGCUUAAAUAUCAAAUAUGACUUUUGUAAAAAUUUUGAGGCUACCAUCCUGUUAUAUAUUUUGAUAUGUUGUUAUGUAUUAAACUUUAUUUAUUUCAGUAUUGAGAUUAAAAAGCAUUGAUCAUUGGUAAUAAAAUAUGAAAUACAA